CGUUGACGUUCUUCUUCAAUACACUUUGGUCGGCCAUAUUUCCCUGUCGCCGUGCGUGGUGCGUGUGUCUAUUAUUGAAAUUGAAUCACAUCUCUAGACCUUUGUCGCCGCUACCUCCAGCGCGGACCGUCAAUCUCUACUGUAACACUACAUAACAUAACAUAGACAAUGGGCGAUCGUAACAAUCCUAUUAAGUUCGGCCCCGAGUGGCUGCGUAAUUUGGCACGCGAGCGUACUGCUGGGAGGGCAACUACAGCACAGACCACAAGGCCCGGGGCCGCGGGCGGCAGCAGGCCUGCCGGCUCCCAGGGGGCCGGCUCGACGUGCACAGGCUCCCCGGGGGCCGGCCCCUCUACCGCCACGGGAGUAUCGAGUUCGGGCCCCGUCGGGGCCUCGCUGACUUCAGGACCCGCGUCGUCCGCCGCAGCUUCCAGCACGACCGCAGUCGCCGGAGCCUCAGGCACAAACUCAAGAAAUACAAACACUAACCAUCAGAAGAUUCAGCUCGCUAAGCUAAGAUACGGCAGGGAGGAGAUGCUGGCAUUGUACGACAGGAACGCGGAGGCUCCAGAGGAAUUGAAAUACUUUGACUUGUUGUACCAGCCGCGGGGGAAACCGCCUGUUGCUCUCAACACAUACGACGAUGAUACGCGGGAGGCGCGCGGCCCGGGGGCGGGGGCGGAGCGCUACGGCGCGGGCCGAGGACGAGGAGCUCCGGUAGAAGCGCGCGGUCGCUCGCGGAUGCCGUUCGUGAGGCACGCUUCCACGGUCUCCACUGGCAGGGGGGCAACAUCAUUGCAUUCCGGUAUUCCCCGAAUGCCAGGGUAUAGCGGUGGGCUCGAUGAGGAGGGCCCCAGUAGACCUUGGAGUAGCAGCAAUAACAGCGGUUCACCCAGAACUGAUCAAGGCGAUUGGACGACUAAUAAAAUGUUUCGCAGGCGACAAGCAAAUAAUACUAAUUGGAGGCAAACGUCUCGCGACGAAGGAGACGAGUGGCGUCAGGAGAAUUCCAGACCUCCCAAUCGUUCUAGUGUCGAUAAAUGGGGUUUUAAUUCAGACCGUGAUUGGAGCGACCGGCCGUCCGGGGAGAGGCCGCAGUCCUGGGCUCCCAGCCGGCGACAGUGGCCCGGUGACUCCAACAACGACGACAACUUGCCAGAGUGGGCGGUGGACAGUGCGGAGGCUGGUGCUGGUACCUUCGACUCCUCGGGAGCCUUCCACGGGUAUAGCAAUGACGAUACAAACAUACCUAAGUCACAGGAGUCCACUUACCCGUUGACUCGGUCGCAUACACACGGUGGUAGUAUUGCGCGCUCUAAAACUGUGGAAGAAGGCUCUGAAGAGUGGUGGGCUUCAGAGAAAGCCAAGAAGCUAUCACCGAAAAGGUUUGAGGCUGGCGAUAGUAGAUAUAAAAAGUCUUUGAGUACUGGAACAGACGAAGUCAGCGGUGGAGCGGUAAGUGUCAAACGGACCGAUAACACGGAGAAGACUAACGAUCUAGAGUCGUCGGAGAGUGUAGACACGCCGGAACCGGAAGCGGACGCCAGUAACGCACAGGCAACUACUGACGAGCAGAAACAAAAUGAUUUGAGACAAAAGCUCUCGGAUAGUAAGACAUUUGACGCGUUUAUGAGAUCAGAUAUAGAAUACCCUGAACCCAACGAAGACAAAGGAAACUUCCAGUCCGUCAUGAUCAAUUCCAACAACGGCUUGCGGCAGAAACAUCAGAAUAUAGUGACGGUGAGCAACGAGACCGCCAUGAGCCGGCAACAGAUGAACGCCACCGGCCUGUUGCAGAUGCUGCACGGCAGGCAAAUGGGCGAUCAGAACCCUGAAGAGGAAACUUCUAAAACCAACGAGGAAAAGAUCGUUGAAGAUCUUAUGGACAUGACUUUGGAGGACGGUCGCAUGCGUCCUAAUCCAGCGCACCAACCCGGUGUCAUCGCAUCAGGAAUGAUUAAUCAAAGCCAGUUGCUACGUAUUGCCAGCCCCGCGGUGCCGCAGCAAGGGAUGGUUCUUAAUGCGGGACAAGGGAUACAGAAUGUUGGCAUCCCCAACCAGGCGCUCAACUCUUCGCUAGGACUGAAUAUGGGUCCAGGAAAUGCUCACAGCUUGCCCAUGCAAGGAUUGCUACCACCAGUGAUGAAUACUCUGAAUCCCGCUAUGGGCACGGCCAUGCAAGCCCGCGUUAUUGGAGCGUUCCAACAGAACGCCGGACUGCCGGUAAUGCCAAGUCCUAACGUCGCUAAUAAUUCUCUAUUCAUGGGACAAAAUAACUCUCAGCAACUACCAAGCGGUGAUAUGCAGAUAUCGACACACACGGCUCAGAGCAACCUGUUCCCGAUGCACGGGAUGCAACAUGGCAACCCCGGAUUCAGCUCUAUCUACGGCAACAUUAUGCCGCCGACAAAUAUGGGGGGCAACAUGUCGACUAACAUCGGUGCUAAUAUGCCAAACAGUCUCGGCCCCAAUAUGAAUACCAAUAUGGCUGGGAAUAUUGGGAGCAACAUCGCCGCCAAUAUGGGUAACAACAUUGGCGGGAACAUUGGCGCAAACAUUAGCGGGAACAUAGGCGGAAACAUCGGCGGAAAUAUUGCCGGUAAUAUAGGUGGAAAUAUUGGUGCCAACAUUGCUGGAAACAUUGGAAGUAAUAUAAUUGGCAACAUUGGCGGCGCCAUUGGUGGGACGAUUGGCGGUAACCUCGGUGGUAACAUUGGAACCAACCUCAACGCUAGCAUUGGUGGUAACAUCGGUGGUAACAUAGGCACCAACAUGGCCGAUCAGUGGUAUUAUGAAGACCCCAAAAAAGUAGUCCAGGGUCCAUUCUCGUCUAAGGAGAUGUACAGCUGGUAUAGGGCGGGUUUCUUUAGCCCCAGCCUGAUGGUGCGUAGGGCCUGCGAAACUCAUAUGCGUCCGUUAGGCUCGUACGGGCCCGUGGUACCGUUCGCGCAAGUGGAGGUACUUCCGCCAUAUCCGAUUACUGGAUUCGAACCCCGACCCCAAAAUCAUGAAAUGCUAAAUCAGCAGCCGGCUCUCACUAUGGAAGAGCAACCGAAUAUGCUUAAUAGGAAUCGUAUUGAACCGCCGCGGUACAGGAUCCCGCCACCACGCUUUCACCCCCGUCAGAUGGAGUCGCUGUGGGGUCAGCCGGCUACCAAUCAAGAUUUGUUGUGGAUGCAGCAGAUGCCUCGCGAUCGCGGCAACAAUCUGCCGAUGUUCUUCUGGGAUCAGCCAUCCUCCGCUAUAUCUUCCAAUGCCUUAUUGCCCGAGGAGAUAGCUAAGGAGAUGAAAACAGAGGAUCAGAUCCUCGCACAGCUCCGGGCCUCCCAGAACCUCCCCAACCCGGCACCCUUUCUGAACGAUACCCCCAGCUCAAGCUCCACAGCUUUGAGUGAAGAGUCUUAUACCACGAACGUCAGCUCGACACCGGAUCUCAAACAGCUGCAAAAGUUGAUGAUAAGCGAAAAACUCGCUCCUCAACCAAGGGAUAUCAAAGCUUCUAGCGUAGAGCGAGAGGCUAAACCUGAGAAACCAAAUAAGAAGGAUCAGAACACGACUGAGACCAUUGCUGCUAAGACCCAGCCUACAAAGGCCGAAUCAAAGGCUGCCAAGCAAUCCAAGAACGAGAAUGAAAAGGCCAAAAACAAAGAGACUACCACAAAGAGUAAGAAACAAAAGGCCAAAGAAGAAAAGAAAGAGGAAGAGAACAAAGUCAAAGAGGAUGACAAAGAAAAAACGACACAUGAAAUUUCACCGACUAAAGGCAAGAAGGAAGACAAAAUGAAUAGGAAGGAAUUAGAAAAAGAGAAGAAGGAAUGGAUCAAGGAAGGAUUCACUAUUGUGAAGGGCCCUGAGAAGGAAAGCAAAAAGGAAAAUAAGAAAAAACUAGAAGAAGCCAAGGCCGCUGAAGAAGCUGAACGCAAAAAGAAAGACGAGGAGAAGUCAGUGACCGAAGAAGAUAAAAAGAAGAAAACUGUAGAAUCAAAAAAGCAGCAGGAGCAUCCACAACGGAACAUAGAGACAAAGAAGGCGCCCUGGUCGGCACCACAGAUAGGACAGUUGCGUGACGGACUACCGCUGGGAGAGAUUCAGCGUUUGGAGAGAGAAAAGAAAUUAGAGCAGAUCAGAGAACAGCAGCACAUGGUACAACUGCUCGCGCAGGAGCAGGCUGCCGUCGCCGCCAGGGAACAGGUUAUCAAUGAGAUGCAGGCGAAUAAUCCGCCGUGGACCAAGAAGAAAAUUGACCGCCCCAACAACGGAACCAGCCAGAGCUUUGCUGAUAUUCAGGCGGAGACACGUCGCCAAGGAACGGCUUCCGCUCAUCCUCCACCGAUGCCAGUGGAGGAUACUCUGACGACCAGCAGUCAGGCGCCAUGGGCCAAUACCCAGAACGGAGCAGAUGUGUUGAACACAGGAGGAUUCUGGGAUACACAGCCGAAUACGUCGAAAGCUGCUGAGAAAGCGAGGGACAAUAGACCCGAGACCAGCAAGAAGAAGAAACCAGCGGUCGCCGCGUCGCCAAAGAAGGAGAGCUCUCCGUGUGCUGAAUUUGACACUUGGUCCCAAUCAGCGCUCGCUUCCUGGAGCUCCAAGAUUGAUGUGCCAACAUUCGUCGGCUUUCUGAAGGACAUCGAAUCGCCCUACGAGGUGAAGGACUACGUUAAAUGCUACUUGGGCGAGUCCAAGGACUCCAGCGACUUUGCGAGGCAGUUCCUCGAGAAACGAUCUAAACUACUCCGUGUUGGGAUGGUGACCCCCUCCGAUGAUCUCUGCUCACCAGCUAUGGCUGUCAAUCCGCGAGCCGCACUCGACUACCAGGAGGGGAAAGGCAAAAAAUCAAAGAAGAACAAGAUGUUAAAGGUGGACGCGCGUAUACUGGGCUUCUCCGUGACAGCCUCCGAGGAUAGGAUCAACGUGGGGGAUAUCGACACCGUUUGAGAUCAAGCCUGCCGCGGACCGAACGCAGCCCGCAAAAGAAAAAAACGACUCACCAAAGCACAACUACGAGCGCGCGCAUGCAUCAACAAAACAACACCACCCAAGCGCCGCAACCGGAACAAGAAACAGUAAUCCCCACCCACCGCUAACCUCCACGAACCCCCACUAACCCCAAACGCCCCCAAUCAUCCCCAACUACCCGCAAUUCGUAAAGCAACAUCUCAUCUCGCGCACCGCCCAAGCGCGUAUAUUAACUGUGGAUUAUAUAUAAGCUAUACAACGUACGUGACAUAAACCUAUCAACAAAAACCCCUGGACAUAACGACAGGCCUUCACACGGGCUGCGACACGGAGCUGACUCAUGCGACAUGAACAACGCUCAUUGGACAGACGGACACGCGAACACCGACAGUAUCGACGUAUCGCGAGGUUCCGUGAAGCGAAUACUUUGAGAGCUGUCGUUGUUCUUGAUGGCUAUAAUACGUUAGGGCGGGUCUGGUGACCAGCCUGCGCCCUCUGCCGGAUCGAUCAAUGUUAUAUAGAGCUAGUAGCGUCGGUGUCCAAUCAGUAUCAAUGUUAAUUAUAGUGUAGUUUUAACGUAGAUCUAUUUAGUGACUUUGCCAUUUAUAAGAUUUGCCAUUGGAUGUUCCCUCGUCGGAUCCUUCGCCUUCCUCCGACCUGACUCGCUCCUAUAGCGUGAUCAUUCUUUAAUGACCAUUCGUCGCUCGUAUGGAAACUAGAGUUUUAACUUAUAUGAACAAGAUGGCCGUUGCAUUUUGAAAACCACAAACAGUCGUCACUCGGCACAGUGAACGCUAUCCCAUAUAUUAUAUAGAUGUUUUUCCUAAUGAUAUUUAAUGUUAUAGUGAUUGUUUGUUUGCAUGCAUGCAUAUAUAUGUAACCAACUUCAGUGUCAACAAUAUUCGUCUAGUCUAUCAAAUUAGUGAGCCUCUUAACGUAACGGAAUACUCCUGAUGUUAAGUCGUUUUGGUGUGCGGUCUUUAUAUCAACUAUUCGCCAGAUACAAAACUCCUUUCAUAUUAUGCGAGUUGUUAUGAUACAGCGCAGUACAUACGAUAUAGUUGUUUUUAAUCUGUAGCCUGUAACUAAUGUACAUUUAUAAGUAUUUUGUUAGUUGUUUAUGUAUAUCUAACGUUCAAUCGUUUGUAUAUAAAUAUGUUUUUAUAUUGAUAUUAUUUUGUAAAGAAUUUAUUAAUAUUUUUUCUGGUCUGCGACGGUUUUUAUUUAACUUAAGUUCACGUGAAUGCUAACGUUCCGCUGCACAGCCUCCCGGAGGCAGGCUGCUUUAGACAGGUCCCGUAGUUUCCACUCUGUUGCAAUAUUUAUAUGAUGUGUGUAAUAUAAGCGCCGCCCGGCCGACCGCAGCGAUGUGCGUAAUAUAUUAUUAUUAUUAUUAAACAACAAUUAAUAAUUUUAAGAGUUUGUCCUUUUGUAAAUGAUUUGUUUUAGAAUCGUUAUUAUCUAUGGAUGGUUUGGCUUCUAGACUGUACUGAAUUAAAUUCGAGAUCAAAUGUAUUUUCUUUUUAUUAUUAUUAUUAUUGAUGUAAUAAUGUCAUGUAACUCGUCGGUCGCCGUCUCGUCUCGUAUCUUGGAUUCGUCUUUCCUGGUCUAACUUGUUUUAACUCUGUGGUAAUAUAUUCUUGUAUCAAUAGUGUGAGCCGUUUUUAUGAAUGUAUCUCUGAUAUUCUUAGUCGUUAGUGUUGUACGAUGUAGUUUCAGCAAUCUAUGGAUGUGUCGUUACAUUUUUAAUGUUAUAAUAUUAUACUAUAUGUAAUCACAAUAGUUUAAAUGUUUUUUGGAAAUCUAUAUGUCGUGGGUUAGAUCGGGAAUUACGGUUCGUAAACAAAAUGAGGCAAGGGCGAUACUGUUUAACGAAAAGUCGCCUUUGUUUCCAAAUCAUAAUAUCUACAUACCGUCGAGAGAGUACUGUAGAGUCCCGACAGGUCAUGUCGACCGUAGCUAGCCCGCUGUCGUAGAGUAGCUGGUCUUGUAACUCGUGUAAACCAAUGUUAAUGUUUCGGUUACUUUAUGAUGUAUGUUUCAAACACGUGUAAAUAUGAUUUAGAGAUUAAAUAAAUAUUUGACAACCG